GCAACGUGAUAUCACGCGCUGGACAGCUCUUGUUUUGUAUUCACUUCCGCUUCUGCCUGGUUGCGGAGUGACCGAGCGAACGUUUCGAAAAGGUUCAGGAAGGUUAUCGGGAACGUUUGGUUUGUUGACGGUGUCGAUGAAAUAAACCUCAAUGGAGCCUGUUGAAGAAGACAAUCACGACUGGCCGGUGCAGCAGCGAGUGGAGGGUUUUGUGAACAAACAUAUGGCAGACAUUGCUCUGGAGACCCUCCAGCAGAAGCUGUCUGUGGUGUCCGAUGAGAUGCACAGUCUGGCCGAACAAGUCACCAGGCGGUCAGGGGGAGUGUUCAAAGACGAGCCGCGGCGAGAGGGCCUGAGUUUCGGCGUGGAGCCGCCGCUUCCCUCCGCCUGCAGCUCCGGAGCCGCUGAUAGGUUCAUGUCCUACCCAUCCUCAGAGAGUGCUGCUCAGCGGAAGAUCAUUGCCCUCCUGGUGGAGAUCAAAGAGGAGCAGCAGAGGCAGUGGGCCGCGCUGAGAGACAUUCAGGCCCAACUGCAGGGUCAGACCUGCUGCGAGGAAGAAGACGUGGAGGCCCUGCAUAUGGAUCUCCCCCUGAGGACCCUCGAGCAGCUGGAUGAGAUGGAGGGACACCUGGAGGACCCCGGAACACAGAAGAGAAUGGUGUCUUACCUGUCACGGAUGGGCGGGGCUACAGUUGAUGAUGCGGUGAGACGUCUGAUGCAGGCUGUUCUUUCAUUCGCUGUUGGCUCUGAGCUGAACUGGGUGGGACGCGGACAGAAGAGAAGCUUCAGGAACACUCGUCUCCAAGGGGUCCUCUUCCGUGCCCUGAAACGAACACCAGUGGGUAAGGAGGCCACGCAUCACCAGUAUGCUGACGUGGUGAAGAAGUGGCUGCGGUUCGCUCCGUUCAGACAAGGAGGGACCGGCCGUCGCUGCAGCAGACCUCCUGUGGACUUUCCAAACUCUGAGGACUGAGUUUUAAGCCAAAGCUGCAAAUACUGACAUUUAUCUCACCAAUUAGUUUGUCCAAAGAUAUCUAAUCAAUAGGGUUUCCAUUUGGGCACAUAUAUCCUCAUGUAAAUAUAACCACACUGUACAUGAAUGAUUGCUGUUAUGAUAACAAUAUAGUAAUCUUUUUUGUCACCGCUGCACAUUUUUGGCAUUUUUCUACAGCACGACUGAUGAUGGUCUGUGGAUGAUGGUCUGUGGAUCAGCCAAUUUUGGCCACUUCACAGAUAACUUGUCAUUGGCACACAUGUUGUCCAAUAUGCGCCGAUUUUCUUUUCUACAAAUACAAUUCAGGAAAAGAUGCUUGGUGCUCCUUGUUAAUCACCUUGAAUAAGUUUUCCUGCCUCCAUUGCAUAUAUGUUAGACACAAAAUCUGUGUGUGGGCUGAUAUAUUAACAGCAGAAUUUUUUUUGGUAAUGUUCUAAUAUCGGUAUGGGCCCCAAAAAUCAACCAUUCGGUGCUAGAGCCUCUUCUAACAGGUCACUAUAUGAUGGAAAUGGUGUGUGUUUGAAGACUGGUGUUCAAGGGCACAGGAGGUUCCCUUUCAGUGCCUCUAAUUCUCAGGUUUUCGGCAAGGCCUACUGGAGACGGUCAAAGCCCUCUCCAAAGUUAAGGUGUUCUUGGCUGCUACUGCAGCAUUCCAUGUGGGUUUGAUGGUAAGGCUGCGAGCCAACAUUCCCUCGUCACAGGUUUAAUGAAAGGUGCCCACCGUCUGCGACCAGUGUCCAAGCAGCUUGCUCCAUCGCAGGAUUUGUCAACUGUUUUGGACUUGCUGGCACUUGCAACUGCAGUGCGGGUCAGUGAUGUUCAUGCAUUUUCUGUGCAAGCAGUGUUCGGUUUGCCACUGGAGAUGCAAGUGUGGCGCUACGGCCUAAUCUAGCCUUUUUACCAAGCAAACGCUUGAAAGAAGAUUUAGGUUACAAAGGUGUAACAAUAACAUGAGUGAGGUGUCUCAUCAGACUGCCCCCCUUGCAUGAAGCAACAAAGAGGUGUGCUUAUUUUGAAUGAGUUGAUAACAAUGCAUCGCCCUGUUUUAUAGGGAGAGAAUGUUCCUCCUCUUGAUACAGUUGUCACAACUGACAGCUAGUGUGGCUGGUGUAAUGUUAUUGGGCUUCUGAGGACUAUGCGAGGAAUCCUCUAUUGUAUGAUUUAUUUUAGUAGAGUGCAUACCUCUGCCAAAGGCCCAAUAGGGCCUUUCAAUAAAACAGUAUAACAAAACAUA